AGAGGGCUUCUAAAUCAUGUAGAAACUUCAUAAACAGUGUCUAACUAUUAUAAUUAUAUUUCUUAUGUUGCAGCUAUGUUGCAGCUAUGGCACAUAAUUAUCAGGUGUUAUUGUUCACAAAAUCAAACGUUUUUACAAAACUUUUUGUCUUAUUUCUCCCAAAUCCUGCAUUGUGUAAACACCACUGUUUGGGAAAUUAAUAUUUUUGCUGUAUAAUAAUUAGACUCUCACAGUCCUGUACCAGUACGUUUAUGAUCCAAUGGCUGACUGCAAGAUGAAUUUACGGUAUCUCAGUUUGCUACUACUACUAGUAGCAGCUAACCAGUUAGCGAACUCAAUGCUUACUGAUGACAGAAGUCACUGCAUUGGAGAUUCUAGUAGUGCAUCAAAUUGUAGUAAUCAAUGCACCAUCGGUUUCAAAGCUGUUGUAGAACGCCUUGUAAGUAAUUCUACCAUUCGCUUUUGCUCGGGUGUAAUUCAAAUCUCUACACUCAUUUCCUUCAAGAAUCUAACAAACAUUACCCUUCUUGGACAACCUGAAAGUGUGCUGAGAUGCAAUGAUUCGAAUGCAGGACUUGAAUUUGUACGUGUCAAUGGGUUGACAAUCGAAAACCUUCAAAUCGAGCAAUGUAGUGCUGAACAUGACAGCACUACGUAUACUCACAAUGAAACGUCCUCAAACCAUUUUGAAACUACUCGGCUUAGCAGUGCAUUGUAUGCUGUUAACUGUAGUAACCUCCAUAUGGACAAUGUUCACAUUACGAAUAGUUCUGGAGUGGGACUUGUGUUGUAUGAUGUCAGUGGAAGUGUCAAAGUAAUUAAUUCGAUUUUUGACUAUAACACAAAUAAUAUCAUCCAACAUGACAAGAUAUUUCGAGGUGGUGGAAUUUAUAUGGAGCUAACCGUAUGUACCCCCGGUAUCUAUUGCACUGACUUCGAUAACAAAACAGGGAAUACACGAGCACAGGGAAAUGACUAUACUUUUGUAAAUUGUACAUUUGAAAAGAACACUGCUUUCUUUUGGGGCCCAAAGUUUAUUCAAUACACAAAAGAAAGGAAGAGAUUGGAUCACCAGGGUCUCGGAAGAGGGGGUGGUCUCUCUAUUCAACUUAAUGGAGAGUCACAAUUUAAUACAAUCAUUGUACGCAACUCUACGUUCAGGCAAAACAAGGCAAACUGGGGUGCCGGUGUAUACAUAGUAGUUCAAGACUAUAGCAGCCACAACACUAUUCUCUUGGAAGAUCUGACUGUGGAAGAAAAUGUGUGUCCUGAUUAUGGUGGUGGUGGCAUCGAUUUAGGCUUCAAUAUUGCUGAGGUACUUAACAAUACUGUGAACUUCGACAACUGUAUGUUUGUGAGUAAUCAGGCUACCUAUGGUGGCGGUGUGAGAGUGUAUUCUAGUCGAAGAUCACAUUCUGAUUUGCAAAACAAUAUUCACUUUCAGGAUUGUAAGUGGAUCAGUAACAAAGCACGAUUUGGUUCAGCUAUUGAUAUUGCUCCACAUGUAUGGGAAGUUUUGUCAAGUGGAUUUUUACCCAUUCCAACAUUUCAUAAUUGUGAAUUCAGAUCAAACUCUGCUGGUCCAGUUGAAUUUUUCCCAGGGAACGGCUACACCGAGUACGUUAAUGGUAGAGGUGCAAUGAUGCUUACUAAGUUCAAUGUGACGUUUAGUGGUUCAAUCGUGUUUAGGGAUAAUUCAGGAACAGCAAUAUACCUCUCUUCCAGUACAAUUGUUACAAGACCACAAAGUGUAUGCGAUUUUACUGGUAACAGUGGAUUCCAAGGUGGAGCGAUUUCGUUUGUGGGAUUUUCAGCUUUGAUUGUGAUGGAGCACAAUACAUUUCACUUCACCAAAAACAACGCUACAAGAAGGGGUGGUGCCUUGUAUGCUUACAAUAUUGACAAGCAUAACUUUGUGUCCUCCAGAAGCUGUUUUAUUCAGUACCAUGGCAACAUAGAUUCUGAACGUGAAAAGAAUGUAACAUUUACGUUUACCGAUAACUUUGCUGGCUAUCUUGUUAGAAACCAUUCCGAAUGCUAUGCAUCUGGACAUGCAAUUUUUUCCCCCUCUCUUUUUACUUGUAUUCAUGCUUGCAUUUCCAUUUCGUUAAACUGUGACAGUACUUGUAUAAAUCAUCGUGAUCAAAGGAACACCUUCAAGUGUGUUGGAGAAUUUAUUUUCAAGGGUCCUGAUAUCAAAUGUCAAGUGUCUACUUCUGGAGGAAAAUUUUUAUUAGGAGAAUCACGUCAUAUUGAUCAGAAGUUCUUUAAAUUUUAUCCUGGACGAGAAAUUGAACUACCAAUAUCUGUUCAAAAUGAUUUCGGCCAAAAAAUAAAUGCUGUGUACUAUGCCACAAUUGAAAAUCGAAACAAAUCAAAUAUUCGAAUCAACCAACCUUACACGUACAUAUCAAACAGAAAAAUGCGACUACAUGGAGAACCUGGAAGUAAAGGUGUGCUAAGGCUGCAGAAGCUAGGCUAUCGUGAGAUUAUGCUGGACAUGAAUGUCAAACUGCUGGAGUGUCCCCCAGGGUAUGUUUUUGACGAUGUUGAUACUGAUAUUGAUGGUAAAGCCAAUGAUAAAUGUGUGUGCAGCUCUUAUGUUGCUAGAGCAGCCUUUGAACCAAUUAAGGAGUGCAAAAGGUCUAGUUUCCGUGCUCUUUUACAAAAAGGAUACUGGUUUGGAUUUCAUAAUGAAACAUUUGAAUACGGUUAUUGUCCAAGUGGUUAUUGUUCCAACACGUUUAAUCAGACACUUUUGCUACCUAGCUCCAAGGAACAUUUGAGCCAGGUCGUAUGUGGUAACUAUCGAACAGGCAGGUUAUGUGGGGAGUGUACUUCGAAUUUCUCUGUUCUUUAUCAUGGAACAAGUUAUCACUGUGGUAGCAAUGAAUCAUGUGACUAUGGGUGGUUUUUGUACAUAAUUUCUGAACUUUUACCGCUGACGAUUCUGUUUGUUCUAGCAACUCUCUUCAAUGUGAGUUUUACGUCCGGUGCCAUCAAUGGUUUCAUAUGGUUUGCACAAGUAAUCCAUUCAUUUCCUGUCACUGGCAAAUCAUUUGUCAUAUUCCCAGACCCAGUGUUCUACUUGUACACAAUAUCAAGAAUGAUCUACAAUAUGUUCAACUUUGAUUUCUUUAGUCAUAAUAAGCUUUCAUUUUGCCUGUGGGCAGGAGCUACAACCAUGGAUUUGUUAGUUUUCAAGUUUGUGACUGUUGUGUAUGUAAUCAUUCUGGUGUGUCUCACAGUUGCUCUAACCAAGUACUGCAACAUCCUACAGAAGUAUCAGUGCUUUCGCCACUCAACGUUCAGGUCGUAUAUUAUCCACGGUUUGUCCUCUGUACUCGUGAUUGUGUUCUCUCAAUGUAUCAGUGUGAGCUGUCAGAUUCUUGAAAUCGGCAAUGUAAUGGGUAAAGGAAACAUGUUUCACGGUUACGCUGUGUUUCGUCAAGGGAAUUUAAAACCAUUCUCUGGAGGUCAUAUCAAAUAUGCAGUCGUUGCAGUUCUGUGCAUGGUUAUCAUGACUGUUCCUACAUUGUUACUCCUAAUUUAUCCGCUCUGUUUUAAAGUGUUGAAUAUCCUUCGAUGUAGUGACACAAAUCCGGUUGCUAAAGUGUUCUUUCAUGUACCAUAUGCAAAACUGAAGCCUUUCUUGGAUUCUUUUCAGAGCUGCUUUAAGGACCAUUGCAGGGUUUUUGCUGGCAUGUAUUUUCUUUACAGAGUUCUGAUAAUUUUAACAAUUAUUUUUCCUAGGCUGACCCAGCGUUAUAUGAUGUUAGAUGUCUUUUUGACAACCUUCCUCCUUUUUCAUGCCAUUGCGCAGCCUUAUCGUGAGCAUUGGCACAAUAUUCUUGAUGGUCUGCUUUUCUUUAACCUGAUAGUGGUUAACAAGAUCUCGUGGUUCAACUAUGAUUACAUUAAUCCCACUACUGGUACGAGUGAUGACAGCACAAUUCCCUUCACAAGUACACUCUUGGUUAUAGUCAUGAAUAUUCCUCUAUUUUACAUAAUCACAUACAUCAUCGUGAACCUCGUUAGAAAAAUAAAGAAGAGACGCACUGUUGGUAUUCUUGAUCCAAUUGGGUUGAGUGGUGAGAACAACAUGUACGAUUUUGAGCUCACCAAUAGAGAGGAGGAUUCGGACUCGGACGAAAAUAGUAUGGAGUAUCGCCCAUUUGGUAAAGAUCACAAAUAAGUUAAUCGUUUGCUCCUGCUGCCUGACUAUACUAAUUAGCUUUAAAAUUAUAUUAGCUACUUAUAUAAUUAAGCGAUUUGUUUUGUCAAUAUUUUUGUACAUUUCCCCCAUGCAUGCAAUUGUUGAUUUCUUUGUCAGUGAA